CAGCACCAGCCCCGCACCUGCUACCCCUUCUCCUCCCUUCCUGGGUCUCCCAUCCUCGCCCAGCAUGGCGCACCCGCUCGGGCUGGCGUUGCUCCUGGCGGCAGCGAUCGGCUGGACAGCGACCCAGAACUGCACCUGCCCCACCAACAGGUGGACGAUCUGCAACCCGUCGGGCCCCGGGGGCGCUUGUCAGUGCACGGUCCUGGGCUCGGGCCACGUGGCGGACUGCGGCACUCUGACCUCCAAGUGCCUGCUCCUGAAGGCGCGCAUGAGCCCGCACAAGGGCCGCAAGCUGAUCAAGCCCCCCGAGCACGCCGUGGUGGACAACGACGGCCUCUACCACCCGGACUGCGACAGCUCGGGCCGCUUCAAGGCGCGCCAGUGCAACCAGAGCUCCGAGUGCUGGUGCGUGAACUCGGUGGGCGUGCGGCGCACCGACAAGGGGGACCAGACGCUGCGGUGCGACGAGCUGGUGCGCACCAGCUACAUCCUCAUUAACCUGCGGCACCAGGAGCGCGCGCGGCCCUUCAACCACUCGGACCUCAGCCGCGCCCUGAGGCGCCUCUUCCAGGAGCGCUACCAGCUGAGCCCCCGGUACGUGACGGCCGUGGAGUACGAGCGCCCCACCAUCCAGAUCGAGCUGCAGCAGAACGCCUCCCAGAAGGCCCGCGGGGACGUGGACAUCGCCGACGUGGCCUACUACUUCGAGAGGGACGUCAAGGGCGACUCUGUCUUUCACAACGCGCCCCUCGGCCUCGAGGUCAGAGGGGAGCCCGUGCACGUGGAGGACACGAUGAUUUACUACGUGGACGAGAAGCCCCCCCAGUUCUCCAUGAAGAGGAUGACGGCCGGGCUGAUAGCCGUCAUCGUGGUGGUGGCCCUGGCCAUUGUGGCCGGCAUCGUAGUCCUGGUCGUGAGCAACAAGAGGAAGUCGGGAAAGUAUGAGAAGGUGGAGAUCAAGGAGAUGGGCGAGAUGAACAAGCAGCUCAACUUGUAAGGACGAGACUCCUGUGCUAGGACGCCGGGGAGGGGAGGGGAGGAGGGAUAGGAGUUUUCAUGUGAAAGGGCCUCCCUCUGGACCAGAAGCUGGGGCCCGGGAUCCUGGGCUCUCUACCUUCUUGGCUGGACUGAGACUUUCCCUGCCAUCCUUCCCCUAAAAGAAUCCUAGAGCUGGAAGGGAAUCUAGUUCAACUUCUCUUUUUAUAUAUGGAAGAAACUGAGGACCAGGAAGACACGACAAGGUCCGUGCAGCUCUAACGUUUAUGUUCCAAGGUUCAUCGGAGCCCUGACAGUCUGUUUCAUGUUCCAACGUCCCUUUCACCGCUAACAUUAAGUUCUGUGUUCCCUUUCAGCGCUGACAGUCUGUGUUGUUACUCUAACAGCAUCAGUUCUAAAGUGCCUUCUGUCACUUAAGUUCUGUUCCUCGUAGGAUUCUCUGUUCUAAGGUUCCUUCCUUACAACGCUAGAGUUCUACUUAGAGGUACGAUUAGGACUGAAGCCUGUGCCUUCCUUUUCCUAGUCUCAGCCUUUUCCAUUUUUCCAUGUUGUCUAUAUGUUAUUUCCUUGGAAUCAGUUUGUCCUAUUUGUCUGACUUCAUACCCUAUCUCUGUGUUACUGGACAACUUAACUUUUCUGUGCCUGUUUCUUCAUCUGUAAAAUGGGGAAUAAAAACAAAACAAAACAAAAAACUACCUCCUAAGGUCCUUGUGACCAUUGAGGGAAAGAAUAUACAUAAAGCAAGUGCUCUUUAAAUGUCAGAUGUUAUGAUCCCGAAGGAAAAGAAUCUGUAAACCAAGCCAAUCAUUUCAGCCCCAGGACAGAAAUAUGACUCCGAAAACAAAGAACUAAUAGAAACUGGAAAGGGUGGGUUGGGUUUCUACUGAAUGUCUAUCUGGGUGUGUCUGUCUACCUACCUGCCGACUCUAUUUAAAACAAGUGCUGUAAAGAGAUUUUCCAAAUCUUAAAUGACUUUGAAUGGGCCCCAGAACUUAGGGUUUAAGUUAAAUUCAUGAUCUCACACUGUUAAAAACAACUGAUGAGCGUCUUCUAAAUUUCCCAGUUUAUACAGUACAAUGGUGUUCAUGAUGGGUCAAGGAUUUGCUUCUCUGUCAUGUCCUCAAUUGACUGCCCUUUGUAUUUCCAAGCUGGGUCCCCAGCCAUCCUGUUACCUUGUUAAAAUGCAUUUUCCAUUACUUGGUUUGGAGGGGACUCAUAUCUGCUCCCCCAUGCUCCUGUGUAGCUCCUUAAGUGUUAUGUUAAUCUAUUUUGCAAAAUGUGCGUGUGUGUGUGUUGUCUUUGAUAAGGUCAGAAUUUUUAUAAGCUGUUGGAUUUAAUAAAACAUGAAGAAAACCUAUAAA